GCGCCGCACAGCGCUGUAGUUGCGUCGGCGUUUCCGGCGGCGUCUCCGUCCUUUUCCCUAGUUGCCGGAGCGGAGUUCACGCCGGGAGUCAUGGCGGCCAAGGCCGUGUGCGUGCUGAAGGGCGACGGCCCGGUGAAGGGCACCAUUCACUUCGAGCAGAAGGCAAGGGCCGGAGCAGGGCGGGAGGUCAGAGUGUCGGGCUCCAUUUCCGGACUGGCUGAAGGUGAACAUGGGUUCCACGUCCACCAGUUCGGAGAUAACACACAAGGUUGUACCAGUGCAGGCCCUCACUUUAACCCUCUAGGCAAAAAGCACGGUGGGCCAAAGGAUCAAGAGAGGCACGUUGGAGACCUGGGCAACGUGAGCGCCGGCAAAGAUGGCGUGGCCCACGUGUCCAUUGAGGACGCCAUGAUCGCGCUCUCUGGCCCAAAUUCCAUCAUCGGCCGCACAAUGGUGGUCCAUGAGAAACGCGAUGACUUGGGCAGAGGUGGGGAUGACGAAAGCUCGAAGACGGGGAACGCUGGAAGUCGUUUGGCAUGUGGUGUGAUCGGCAUCGCACAGUGAACAUUCCCUGGGACGUGGUCUGUGUCCUCGUAACUCAUCUGUUGUCCUGCUAGUUGUAGAAAUUUCACUUGACAAAACAUUAAACAUUGUAAUCUUAAAUAUGUAA